AUGCCUGAAGGUGACGUGGUUGCCACGUGGAAUGUGCCAUUGCACGCUCAAGUGCACAAAAUCGAGUUCGAACAUGGAACAACGACUGGGAAGCGGGUGAUUCGGAUCGAUGGAAAUGAAAUUCUGCGCCGCGACUGGAUGUUUAAGCUGGUUGGAAAGGAAGCCUUCAAAGUUGGCGAUAUGAAAUGCAUCAUCAACGUGGAGGCGCUCGGAACUUUUGCCUAUGAGUAUUCUCUGGAUGUAAACGGAAAAACGUUCAACAAGUUCAAAGAAGAGCAGAACAAAAGGCUGCACAGCUGGGAGACGACGCUCUCGGGGCAUCAGUGGAGGGUUGUGCUGGACAAAGAAUCAAUGGAAAUCUGGGCAAAUGGGAACAACAUCGACACAGCUGGAGAAUUCGUCGACAACGGAACAGUGACACACUUCGAGCUUGGCAAAAAUCCAUGCAAGAUUAUUGCACAGAGCAGUGGAAAGAAAAAAACCGGCGUGACACAUACGCUCUACGUGAACGGAGAAAUUGUGCCAUCCACUGUAGACAAGCCAAAUCCGUCGAAUCAGCCUGGAUCAUCAUAA